AAAAAAGCAAGGGACGAGAUGAAUAAAUGGAUUCAGCGAUAGAAAAGCUCCCUCCGAUCUCGGCGCCGAGAGAGAGAGAGAAUGGAUCAGAUCUUGAACAAGGUUGGAUCCUACUGGCUAGGCAAAAAAGCGAACAAGCAGAUCGAUUCCGUCGGUGACGAUAUCAACUCUCUGUCUGAUAGCAUCCAAGGAGGAACAAAAUGGCUUGUGAACAAAAUCAAAGGGAAAAUGCAGAAGCCAUUACCCGAGUUACUCAAGGAGUUUGGUUUGCCUAUUGGGAUCUUUCCACGCGAUGCAACCAACUAUGAGUUCAAUGAACAGACGAGGAAACUAACCGUCUUCAUCCCAUCCAUCUGCGAAGUUGGCUACAAAGAUUCAUCAGUUCUGAGGUUCACCACAACGGUUACAGGGUUUCUCGAGAAAGGAAAGCUUGCUGAUGUUGAAGGGAUCAAAACAAAAGUGAUGAUAUGGGUUAAAGUCACAAGUAUCUCAGCAGACUUAUCAAAGAUCCAUUUCAACGCAGGGGUGAAGAAAAGCAGAAGCCGUGAUGCUUAUGAGGUUUUAAGAGAUGGUGUUGAGAUUGAUAAAUUCUAGCUCUGUUUUUUCUGGUAAUUACCCAAUUCUUUUAUUCUCUUAUGUCCUAUGUUUCAAGCUUUAUGUCUUUUAGAAUCGUCUCUGUAGAUUCAAACAACUUUGGUGUUCAUGAAUCUGAUGAAUUGAAUUGGUUUUACCUUGAAAGAUAAAUAUCAAUAUCUUUCUACAUACCAUUGACACAUUUGAAGGAAACACAAUAAUGAUAGAUAAUUCAUAAAUAGAAACAAAAGGUAAAUUGGAUAAUGGAA